GGGGUCUGACCCUCAUCCCCCCCCUCCCCAAUCCCACCUUUCCCCCUUUUCCCAGGUCUCCUUAAACGCCUGGUUCUGGUCCACAGUUUUCCACACGCGGGACACGGCGCUGACGGAGAAACUGGAUUAUUUCUGCGCUUCGGCCGCCGUCCUGCACUCGGUGUACCUGUGCUGUGUCAGGACGCUGGGGCUGCAGCGCCCAGCCUUAAUCAGCAUCUUCAGGGCCUUCCUCCUGCUCUUCCUCACCUGCCACAUCUCCUACCUGAGCCUCGUGCGCUUCGACUACGGCUACAACCUGGCGGCCAACGCGGCCCUGGGAAUGCUGACGGUGGGCUGGUGGCUGCGCUGGUGCCUGGGGCACGGCCGGCGCCUGCCGCACGUGUGGAAAUGCGCGGCCGCGGUGCUGCUGCUCCAGGCGCUGGCGCUGCUGGAGCUCCUGGACUUCCCGCCCCUGCUCUGGGUGCUGGACGCCCACGCGCUCUGGCACAUCGGCACCAUCCCCCUCAACGUGCUCUUCUACAGUUUUCUGAUGGAUGACAGCCUCUACCUCCUGAAGGCCAACUCCGACCUCCUCAAAGUGGACUAGAGCUGCUGGAGGGGGGGUGGAGAAGCCCCUCGUGCCCCCCCCAAGGGUCCUGCCCUGCCCUGUGCCAAGUGACCCCCCCGGCUCCCCCCGGCCACGGCCUCUUCCUCCCCCGGGUUGCCUUCUGAGGUUUGUUUCUCUCCCCCUCUCCAAAACCCUGUGCCCCCCCUUGCCUCUCUCUGGGGGGAUGGGGACCCCCAGUGCUGGUGCACAGGGGGCAAAGGGCAGCUGAGCCCCCCCUGGACCCUGCCAGGGCUGAGCCACGAGGUGACAGUGGUCACGGUGGGGAGGGGAACACGUGGGUGACUGUGGAGGGGGGAUCUGUGCACUUUUGGGGCCUUGCUGGGCCCUGCUGGGUGUCUCUGGCAGGGGUGGGGGUUGAUGUGUGGGUGCCUUGGGGCUGGGGGUGCCCCCCUGGCCCAGAGGGGCUGUGCCCCCACCCCGGGGAUGUGCCCCCCCCACCCCCCUUUGCCUGGGUGUGCUGUGGGAUGUGAAUAAAGCUGAGUUCAGCCUGU